AUGAAUAAUAGCACAAGCAUACUCAACACAGCAGAACAAAGAGUGGUACUCAAUUUUGAUUUUAAAAACAAAGAUGAAGCGGUUCGAUUAUUCGCACAACUUUUACAGCGCUGUAGAGAUUUAGAAGGUGAAAAUAAAAGACAAGAAAUUGUUACAAACCUUUCAGGAUUUGAUUUCCCUCAAAAAUUAAUUGAGGAUGCCAAAAUUUAUUUAGAGACGACAAAUUUUGUUAGUGCUUUUGAAAGUGAUAUUUACGGUGUAACAAGUGGAAAUAACGGUGUAACAACUGGAAUUGCUAUAAAUAACGGUGUAACAAAUGGAAUUGCUAUAAAUAAUAACGAUGUAACAAGUGAAAUUGAAAUUAACAAUGAAAUUAAAAGUGAAAUUAAAAGUGAAAAUAAAAGUGAAAUUAAAAGUGAAGCUACUACUAAUAAGUAA